AUUAAAUGGGUUUGAGAUAAUUGGAUUUUUUUAGAAAAUUAAAUACUGAUAUUGGUGACACUUCAUCAGCUUUGGGAGGAUUCUUGACCACGAUAGCCUUUGCAGUAAGAUUCCAUCGUAUUUCUUGAUAGUUGGUGACCAUUCUAACCAUGAAUGAAUGCAGAUUAUUUUUUAGUACAGAAUUAAGCUAUUAAACUGUGAUUGACAAUGACACUGAAUAAUUUAUCAAAGUUCAUUUAGACAUGAUUGUUGGAGCACCCUGUAUGGUUUUGUCAUUGGAUUAAUAAGAUGAAGUUGGAGUGCAUAUAAUGGAUGUUUCUGGCACCUUGAAAAAGAUUCCUCUUGAUAAAGAUAGACAUGUUUUGCCCUCAGUAAUUAAACAAUAAUAUUCAUAUUAAGAUCAAUGCUAACGAAAGGCCUAACUAUGCAGGAAGUGAAUAAGAGGUAUUAGAUGCAAUUUAGGCUAUCACUCAAGGAGAAUAAUGCUAAUUGAAGGGAUUCUUCUAAGUAAAUAAGGUGCCAGGCAACUUCCACGUCAGUUAUCAUGCCCAUCAUUAUUUAUUAUAGAGAAUCCAUUAAUUAGAUUUGUCAGCCUUUAGAAAAAUGAAAUUGGAUCACUCCAUCUAUGAAUUGAGAUUCGGGGAGAUCACCACCACCUCCAAAAUGAGGAAAUAUUCCAAGUCUCUCCAAAAAUUCUAAAACUCCUGGAAGUAAAUUGUCAAAUCAGCCCCUGAAGGAGAGAAACAAGAUUACGAAUAUUAUAUCGAUGCUUUGCCUGUUAGAUUUUACGAUGAGAACGAAAGGAACUAUCAAACUCUCUAUAAAUAUUCUAUCAAUGAAGCUUAAAUGCCCAGAACUUUUACAGAAAUCGAUUCAAUCUAUUUUAAAUACCAAAUUAGUCCAGUCAACAUGGUCUACUCUAUUUAAAAGAAGUCGGUCUAUCAUUUUAUUGUUCAACUACUGGCCAUUGUUGGUGGAGUCUUUGCAGUUAUAGGAAUCCUCAAUUCAAUUGUAUAAAAAGCAAUAUGAGU